UGCUAGAUGGUAACAUCUGUCGUUUUGCGUAUUUUUACAACGUGCUUCUGAAUGUUUCGUUUCUUCGAUAUUCCUCGACAAACGCUUUCGUCUCUGUAAACGAGCUAUUUCUCGGCCGUUAUCGUAUCUGCGUUCCGUAUCUUCGUCAAUAAGGACUUUUAUAUGACGAAUCCUAACCUAUCGCGGGACUUCCUGCACGCGUGUCAAAGUGGAAACUUAUCAAGUGUGAAAACACUGGUAUCGAAACACGACAUUCGAGAUUGGACACUGUUUCGACACUCGACUUCCGGUGACACCGCGUUACACGUCGCUUCACGCGAGGGUCACUCGAAUAUCGUUCGAUAUCUGUGCGAGGCUUUCGAGAAGCCAGAUUUCAGAGUCGAUGUUGCCAACAAAGACACGAAAAGACCUCUGCACGAGGCUGCGCAGUUUGCUCGCAGCGAUAUCGUGAAAUACUUGAUCGAGAAAGGUGCAACCGUGGAUGCUUUAAAGCGCGCUGAUUGGACGCCACUCAUGCUAGCUUGCACGAAAACCGGAAGUGAGGCAGACGAAUGCAUUACCGCGCUCUUCGAGGCAAAAGCAAAUCCAUUUUUCCGCAAUAAAGACGGAUGGACACCGUUGCACAUGGUUUGUCGUUCUGGCAAUGAAACUGCCUUCGAUUUAUUGGUCAAUCGGUUCCCCGAGUGCGUCGAUGGUCGAAGUAACAACGGUCGUAGCGCUAUGCACAUUGCUGCGUUCCACGGUCAUGCAGGUAUAAUCGAUCGUCUCGUGGCGCUCGAUUCGAAUUGCGUGAACGCGCGAGAUUCCUCGGGAUCCACUCCUCUUCACGAAGCAAUUAAAGGAAAUCAUUUAACCGUGGCCAGGCAAUUGAUAAAUUUCGGAGCCGACGUUGAAGCUACGGAUAACGUUGGUCAGACUGUCUUACGCGUAGCAGCUAUAAUUGGAAACGUAGAAGCUGUCGGGAACAUUUUAAAGGAUUAAUCGAUCUAC